CUAUUUUCAUGAUCAUGGGAGGUGUGAGAGAAUUGCUGCUCUUUGUGGUGACUGUGGGGGUUGUGAGAGUUUCUUGUUACCCUGUUGGAAAGUCCCAGAAGCAAGAGCAAGUCUCUCUGCAGAGGAGACUUGGAGAGCUGUCAUCAAAUGACGUCUCCAUUGUGCAUGCCCUGGCCUUGCUCCGAUCCAUUGGGUCUGACGCUAAACAAGACAGAGAAGAGUAUUUUGAGACUAAUGAAGUAGAAUCCCAAGCUUCUCCAAACCAUGGUAGCUCUCCGGCAAAUGAUGCCCUGUCCUCUGACGACGCUACCUCUGAAGCUGCCACCGGCCCGUCUGACGACGCUACCUCUGAAGCUGCCACCGGCCCGUCUGACGACGCUACCUCUGAAGCUGCCACCGGCCCGUCUGACGACGCUACCUCUGAAGCUGCCACCGGCCCGUCUGACGACGCUACCUCUGAAGCUGCCACCGGCCCGUCUGACGACGCUACCUCUGAAGCUGCCACCGGCCCGUCUGACGACGCUACCUCUGAAGCUGCCACCGGCCCGUCUGACGACGCUACCUCUGAAGCUGCCACCGGCCCGUCUGACGACGCUACCUCUGAAGCUGCCACCGGCCCGUCUGACGACGCUACCUCUGAAGCUGCCACCGGCCCGUCUGACGACGCUACCUCUGAAGCUGCCACCGGCCCGUCUGACGACGCUACCUCUGAAGCUGCCACCGGCCCGUCUGACCAUGCCAUUGAGCAACUGUUGACAUCUGCAUCUCAGCCCCCGUUGACCACAAACAUGGAUAUCUGACGUGGGACAUGGUGCUCGGGGUCCAUGCAAGAUUUCAUGGGUACUCUAGUCCAGGUUGUGUGUGUAACUGCUUUUUCUUGUUUUGGCUCAAUUAAACGCUAACUGUAA